AUGAAAUUCACCCUCGUGCUUUUGAUCGUAGUUGCUAUUUCAUCGAGCUCAGUUUUCGCUAUACCGGCUCCGGAUCCUUCGGUUUUUUUCAGCAGUUUUAACAAUAUUGGAGGACUGAUGAGCUUAGCAUCGAAUAACCACAAUCGCAAUUCGGGGAAUGGAGCGCGUUUCCAAGGUGCCGUCCACAAGCGAGGAGGACGUCGUCGUAUACGGCCUGUUCGACCAGUUGUUCCAUUUUGGCUUAGGCGUAUGGCCAGAGCUCUACGUGAACAACAAUAG